AUGACUCCAGGUCUCAGUCAACAUGCGCCUGAUGUGGACACCUCGGGAUCCCAGGGGCAAAGUCGGGAGCCCGAGAGUGCAGCCGGCGGUCCCGGAACCCCAGGCAAGAUGCCCUCGAGGCGCCGCAGCUGUCCAGCCACCCGCAGGCCUGCCUCCUCCGACAGCCAAAGGUCAAGUGCUCCAAGUUUGGGCGCGGGAGGAGGGACGUCGCCUCCGGUCCAACAGUGGGUCCGCUGGAGCUUCGGCGGCCUGAGCGCCCUGUCUGCUCGGGCCGCUUCCGGAGAGUUUGGACAGGGUGGCUGCGGGGCCGCUGUCAGCUCCGCAGCCGGCUACACCCCUGCGGGCGGGCGGGAUCUCCCGCGGGGACGGGAGUGGGGGAGGGAGAGAAGGCAGGGGAAGAGGGGGGCACCUGGCCUCGCCCCGCCGAGGAGCGGCGAGCAGCACAGGCUCGGGGAGGGCGUGCGACUCGCAGGCCCCCGCGGGCGCAGGCGGCUCCGAGAUCCCAGGCCUCCUAGGCCGAGCCCGCGCUGGUCUCCGCCGGGACCGCCCUCCCGCGCCAAGAGUCGGGUCCUGGCCCCCGCUUCCGUCUCGAGAGUCUCUCCCGCGCUAACCGCCCGCGGGCCGGCGGGCGGGCCCCUGACACGCAGUUGUUCAGGUAACCCAGGCCUGCGGCGGCGGCAGUAG